AAAAUAUUUGAAACAAGUAAUAUUAAUUCAAAUAUAUGUUAUAUUUACAAUAUGUAUUUUUCUAAGUGCGCAUUUUCUCUUUUUAAAUCAUCACAUUUGCAACAAGAUUAAAAAUAUCAAUGACGUGAACCGUACGACUUAUUUUUGAACAUAAAAUAGUCACUUCUACGGUUGUUUUGAUUUCUAGUUUUUCUCUCAUUACUGAAUCAACAUUUAUCUUAUCUUUAAUGAUUCAUUCUCUGUUAUAUAUUAUCUAUUAAUCUGACGACGAGUAACGAGGAAAUAAGAAGGAUGCUCUACGGAAGUUUGUGGCAUUUUAUCUAUAUAAUGGUUAAACGAUAUUUCUAUAAAUAAAUUUCUUUGAAUAGUCAGUUGUGUCUGUCUUUAGCACUAGGUAUAAAUAGUGGGCCAACGUGCGCUCGAUGUUCAGUACAAGAGGAAACGUCUGCAUGUGCGUACAGUCGCGUAGACGGAUAGUUGGUCCCAAGUGGGUGCUUUUCAUUUACGAUUAGUGACACAAGCGUCAUUUUUUAAUUUGUUAAAUAUGAAAUAUGUCAAAACGAAAUAUGAUAAAACGAUAUUUGUGUCGUUUUAGCACCCACUAUUUCUAAAUGCCUUCUUCAAGAAUAUUUACCACAUUGGUAUGGUAUUUUUUUAUUAAAAAAUGCUGUAACUGGUUCAAAGAAAAACCUCGAAGGGAUUUUUUUUGUUAGACAUCGAGUGGAAGAAGAAAAAGUGAUAUAAAAGAAUCGUGAACAGCAUAUGUUAUAUAACAAAGAAUAUAACAUAUAAUGUACAGCUGAUUUAGCGAAGAAAUUUAUCUUAAUUAAAAUUAAAUUUAUCUUAAUUAUAUAUUGUGAUGUCAGAGAGUUCACGAAAAAGAAAUGUCAAACAUAUAAAUGUAAAGAAUUUCAUUAUACUUGAGCUCAUCUGCAUAUAUAUAUAUAUAUAUAUAUAUAUAUAUAUAUAUAUUGCGCGAUAUGUGAUGGAUCUUAAGUUACAUUGCAAAUCCAUAUCCGAUGUGUUGCAAGAAGCCCAAAAUUAUUUUAAGAAAAUGUUUGUGAACGAAAGUUUAAAAUAAGAAAAAGGACAAAUCACUUAUUAAAAAGAUUUACAAUGCAGAAAUUUCCGCAAAAAGUAAUAAAAAAAUACUUGAAAUAUAAAAACUGAAAAAUGGAAUUCCAGUAAAAAAGAUACAAAGUAAAAUGGCUUUCAUUUUCAUGCAAUUCUAACAAGAGACUUUUAAAGAAUUCUUUCCAAGAACUUAUUUUUGUAAACAAAUUUGAAAAGGCUUGGCAAAAAAUACAAAUUUUAUAAAAACAAAAGAAAUCUAUUGAAAGCAACGUCAAUGGCUGUGAAAUUUUUAAGUCUAAAAUAAAAAAAAAUCUUGGAAAAAGAAAAAUGGGAAGGUAGAGCAAAAAGUAAAGUCUUUUUGCAGCAUUUAAUGAUUUCGUGACACCUUUACCAUACAUAAAACUCUCGAAAAGGACAUUAUCAGAUUUUUCGAAGAAUACUGUAGGGACAACAUUCCAUAAGUGAUCAAAUAGUGAUAAAUAAGUGAGAAACGAAAAGGAGAGAAGAACACUCUGUCACAAUCAAAUUACUUUUUGUUAGAGCUCAAACCUAAGAUACGUAACGUAGUAUAAGCAUAAUGCCAUUAAAUGAUCAUCCAAUAUAAAAUUGUCAUAUUAUUUUACAUAAGAUAUUUAUUGGUCCAGUGGUCAUUUAUGCUAUACUAUGCAUUUUGUGUAUACGGUCCUAGACUGUGAAAGAAACGCGAAGGAGGAAGGGAGGGAAAAAAAAGAAACACGGUGCCACAAAAGAAACUAAACUCCAACAUAUUGCGAUCUUGUGAAAAUCUUUCCUUGAGAGAUCCUAUCUCACAUAUGUUGAUCGUCGCAGUUUAAGGAUAGUAUAAGUUACUAGCUCUUUUUCUCGAUGGUUCAGUUCUUUGAAACUUCGUGCCUAAGUCCCAUGAUAUACUGUGAUCGAGAGUAUAAGGAUUGUUACGAUUGUUCUCUGAUUUCUGAACCUGAACCUGAACAGGGGCAGGAAUUUAGGUAUCAAAAAGAGAAUUACCAACGAAAAAUUGGUUUGGCGGUCUCAACAAUAAUGGCGAGAUACAAGAAGCGGGCUACUUGUAUCCUUAACAACUUCCAACUUAAGAGGUGGCAUCACGGAAACAAAGGUCAUCGUAUCAUGCUGCUAGUCAAGCUGAAGCAUGAUAUGCGAAAACUAGGACUAUCAAAGCGGGCGACGCGUGCGGGAUUGAUGCAAUUAGCAAUCAGGCCGUCCGUGAUUCUUAAGCGAUUAUCCAUUUUCCAACACAGAGAGAAACCUUUGCAGUUAUUGCAAAAUAGUAAUCAAAAUUUUGUUUCAUCCUACAAGGAAAAAUCGCAAUGCAAACACCGAGGUAAUGCCGUAGAGAAACGAAGGACAACAGAGGAUUUUCGAGAAAUUAAGACCGAUAAACCAGAGAUAAAGGAAUUUUCUCCAAUAAGAACCAAACUAGUAGAUGCGCUACAAAAAUCUACAAUUAUUAAUACCUUCUCUGAAUGCAAUGUUAACUCAAGUAACGUAACAAUUCCAGAAUUAAAAACAUAUUCACAAGAAAAAGCUAAUAAUUUCACAGUUGAGAAUCAAAAUGCUCAGUUAGAUUUAGAGUUAGUAGAACAUAUCGAUACAUCGUUAUACCACAAAACUAUAAAAAAAGAUGUUAGUCGAACAAAAAUUAAUUUAGAAUCUAAAAAUCAGUCAACAGAUAAUCUGCAUAUUGAAAAAAAUUCCAAAGCAAUAAUUAAAAGACAGCUAAGUUCCGAAAGUUUACUUCGAAAUGUAUUGCCGGCAAAAAUACAGAAGAAAAAUGAAAUUAACACGUCACCAGAUAAAGUAGUAGCGGAUAGUAUUAUCGAAUCAUCUGACUCUAUCACAAUAGAUCAUAUGAAGCAAAGAAUUUGGAAGGAUGUUACAAAAUGUAUGAUAAAAAAAAAGGAAAAUUACAAAUCAUUUAAACGAAAAAAAGAGCAAAAAAAGAAUAAGUAUAAAAAGAUUAAAAAUAUACGAGAAAAAUUUCGCGUAUAUUUUGGCUCCUUGAGUUCUAACACAAGUGAAAGUGAAGAGGAACGUGAAAUUCUGUUAAAUUAUGUGAAAAAAAAGAAACAAUUUGAUGAUCCAUUGCAUGGUAAUACAUCAGAAGAGGAAGAUACUCGCGAAGGACAUAAAAAGUUAACACGUGAUGCAUCAACUAACUUACAAAAAAAUAUAGGGAAUAUAAAUUCCGAUAAUGCAUAUAAAUCCACAGCCAGCAUUGAAAAAUAUGCUAUGCACGAUGUUACAAAAGAUUCGAAGAUACAAGAUGAAACAUCGAUAAACGAACGUGUUACAUUGGUUAAUAAUUUGCAAGAAAAUGAUAACUCCGAUAAUUCAUGCAAUUCCACAGUAAGCACCAAAAAAUAUUAUGCUAUGCACGAUGCUACAACCGAUACGGAGAAAGAAGACAGAGCAUUGACAAGCACACGUUCUAUGUUAGCUAAUAAUUUGCAGAAAAAUGCAGAAAAUGAUAACUCUGAUAGUUUAUGCGAUUCCAUAACAUGCAUCAAAAAAUACUAUACGAUGCAUAAUGCUGCAACAGAUGAAAUAAAUGGAGUAUCGAUAUAUAAGCGUGACACGUCUAUUAAUAAUACGCACGAAAAUACGAAGGACAUAGACUCCAAAAAAUCAGCAUGCAAUUUCUCUGCAAACAUUGAGAAAUGCUAUACUGAGUAUGAUAUUACAAUGGAAGAGGAUGUAGAAGAUGGAGCAUCAAGAUGGAAAUAUAACAAGUCACCUCAAAAUUCGUCAAAAAAUAUAGAUGUUGUAAUUGCGGCUGAAAUAAUUCCAGUAAAAGAGCAGCGCUUAGAGAAUUCUUCAUCAAUUGACAUAGAAAAUAAUAGCAAAAGUGUACGUAUAGAAAAAAGCAAAGAUAUUACGCCAUCAACGAUUGAAAUGGAUUUAGAUGAAAAGAGUAUGGAGGAUAUACAUUUAGACCGAAGCAUAGAGAAGAAAACUACUUAUAUGUUUGUUGUACAAAACCACCAGAAAACUCAAGAAGCAUGCAACAACAAAAGUGUUGAUUUAACACAAGACAUACGAAGAUAUACAACAUCAAAAUUAGAAUUGCCAAUCACAUUUGCACAUGAGUUACUGUGCAAUGUUAACGAAAAAGACAGCUGUAACGUGUCACAAAAUGCGAAAAAUUUAUUGUUAGCAAAUAAUGAUAAUAAUUUGGAAGAUGGAGAGACAAGUCUCCUUGAUCAAUCUCCAGUGACAUCAAAAAAAAAUUCUUCGGAAAAAAAGGACAAUUCUUCGUCUACUUCUUCGAACAAAUCAGAUUGCAAUGAUAGUCACUUAGACAAUUACUCAACAGAUGAUGAUAAUAGUAGCGAUCUUGAUGUAGAAAUAAAAAUAAAACUAAAUAAAAGUAAAAAUACAAAUAAAAAUAAAUUAAAAUCUCGAGUAUCGCAAAAGUUCUCAUUAAAAGCACCUUGGUCUGCAGUAAAUUCAUGCAUCGAAAAUUUACAUACGCUUAAAGACAAUCCAAACUUCUUUAAUAAACUUUUUGAGAUGAGUCAUAAGACAUCUGAAAGAUCUAAGAGUAUGACAAGUAAAAGUCCGGAAGACAAAACAUCAUUAGAUGAUAAACAAGAUAUGUCUGCUGAAAUUAUAUAUAAUUCUGUUUCUACUCUCAAAGAUAAUGCAAGUUGUUCUCAACAACCAAAUUUUCAAGACUCUCCAAUUUUAAACAAAGAUAAAAAUGCGAUGGAAGUUAGCCAAAAAGAAACAGAUAAUUAUAUGCAAUCUGUCAAAGAAACAAUACAAAUAACAACUGAGAACGAUCCUGGAUCAAGUAAACUCGCGUGCAAUAUGUCUGAUUUGGCAAAACAAGUAGAAAAGGCUUCUACGGACGAUAACCAGAAAACUAACAAAGAACAAAAUCAAAAUGAUACAAUUUUAGAGGAAGCUACAAGUAUGAUGGAACAUAAUCAGCAACAAGUACAAAAGGUUUCCACAGAUGACAAACAGAAAAUCAAUGAAGAACAAAACCAAAGUAAUACAAUUUUAGAAGAAACUAGAAGUAUAGUGAAACAUAAUCAGCAAAAAGAAAAUAAAUGCAUAUCGUUUAUCGAGCAGAAAAAGAUACAAACGGUGACAGAAAACAAUCCUGGAUCAAAUAAAGCUGCAUACAACACGCCUGAUUUAGGGGAACAGCCAUUACAGACUUUCUCGAAUGCAACAUACUGUCAAUCAGCAAUCUCUUCUCAAUUAAUAUCUUCUAGAUCAAGAUCUCAAUCGGCACCUCAUCCAUCAGUAUCUGUUCAAUUAUCUCAAUUAGCUCAUCCAUUAGUAUUUCCUCAAUUAACACCUGCUCAAUCAACAAUUCAUCCGUCAGUAUCUCCUCAAUUAGCAUUCUCUCAAUCAGCACCUCGUCCGUUAGUAUCUCCUCAAUUAAUAUCUCAAUCAGCACCUCAUCCAUCAACGUUUCCUCAAUCAGCACUUAUUCAAUCAGCACCUCGGUCAUCAAUAUCUCUUCAAUCAAUACGAUCAGCACCUAUUCGAUCAGGAUCUCGUCCAUCAAUAUCUCCUCAAUCAACACCUCGUUCAUCAAUAUUUUCUCAAUUAGCAUAUCAAGCUCGUCAUCCAUCAGUACCUCUUCAAACAUAUCCUCAAUUAGCAUCUCAAUCAGUAUCCCAACAGCUGCCAUCAUAUAAUACUGCUGAUAAUCAAAUAUAUUCAUCUCGAGCAAAUGCACCAAUUACACCAGUUGAGAUUAAUGCUCCAAAUAUUAACAACGAGCACAAUAAUACAAUAAUACAAAAUACAAUAAAAAAUGUUUGUACCUACGUUGGAUUUUGCCGUGAUUUUAUUCGAUGCAGGCUUUUAAGAACACAUAUUUCUGUAGAAUUCAUACAAAAACUAUCCAUAUACGUGAUGCAAAUAAAGCAAGAUUUGGAAAAAUUGCAAGUAUUGUUGCGCAUGAAAGAUAUUCAGGACGUUAUAACUUACGUUAAUCAAUAUAUGCUAUUCGAUCAAAUGUUAACGUACACAGAACUGUGCAAAUAUAUUUAUCUUAUACGAUCUUAUAGACUUUACGCCACACAAAUCUUACAGCAAAAUGCAAGAUCUAACGCAUCACAUAAUUCGAACAUUAGCGAGUCAGUUCCGAAUACAUCAAUGUCGAAUGUUAACACGCAACCAUUUUUAAGAAAUGUUUCAUUUCCAGACCCAAGAAUACCAAAUCAUAACAGAUCUACACAAUUUACAGCAAUACCACAUCAAAUGCCAACGAUCUCAAACAUCAAUCAGCAGCAAUUGUUUGACAAUGCGGCUAAUUAUCCACGAGUGUCAUACUCAAGACAAAUUACAUCAAAUAUUUGCCAACAACAUGUAUCUCAUGCAUGUGUAUCUAGAACACACUCACGUAUAUCGAAUACCAAUAAGGAACAACCUUUAGAAAAUCCGAUACAAAAUCAAUAUACGCUAUCAACAAAUAUAUCAAAUAUUGGUACUCAACAGAUUCCCAUGAGUAUGAGUAACAUUUCAUCAUCAAAUACUAACAUGCAUUCAUAUGGACCAAUAAAUCAAGAGAAUAUAAACAUGCCUCCUAUAAACAAUACGAAAUGUACAAGACAAUCACGCACCGUGUUAAACAAAUUUGUUAACAGUACUGCAUCUGCAUCUGCUGCUAAUGCGCAACAACAAAGACAAUACUUCCAAUUGUCACAAAUUAAUUCAAGGGUAACAGUUUGUCCACUAUCUACUAAUCAAAAUGUUCCUCCUGAGAUCCGUCAGACUGCGCACAAUAUCACGUCACCUGGGACUCUUACGGUAAAUUCUGAUGCUCCAAGAACCGACACAAUGAGAAACGUUAAAUAUGGAAGCGUAAAUGUGAAUCACCAGCAAGCAAUCCCGCAAGUCUUUCAGGCAUCUUCGGAAAGAAUGCAAUUUUUAUCACAAAACAAUUUAAAUCCAAAUGAAGUUUACAAUAUCAUGCCUCAACCUAUGGUAAUAUGCAAUAUGCCAACAUAUUCUGUUCAGAAUGCUUCGUCAAAUCAAAACAUGCAGCAGAUACCACAGCCAGUAAAUCAAGCAAAUGUAAAUAUAUUUCCCGCAAUCAACACGGAACGAUCAAAUGUUGCGUCAAAAAAUACAAUUAGCAAUACUGAAACCGCAACAUGCCAGCAAUUACAAUCACAAGGUACAUCUACAUGUGCAAUUGAUCUAUCGAUUAGCAAUACAUCGCAGAAUGUGAGACAAAACGUGCCAAAUAAAGAAAUAAAGAUUCUUGAAUCGCAAAAUAAAAAUCACAUGCGAAAGAAAGUACCCUUUAUAAAUCCGCAACAAAAAGAAAACUCGAGUGCACAUAAUAUACUGCAAAAUAUAUCUAACACUGCUCUAAAAACUUCCACUUCACAGAACUCAAAUGUACCUCAAAAUAUGAUCUCUACAAUGUCUUUACAAACACGUAAUAAAGCGUUUAUUUUACCAAACAUUACACAAACAAACCAAGUUAUUUAUAACUUUAAUCUGUCAAAUUUUACAGACAUUCAAAAAAUUCUAUUACAUGAUCAAAUACAAUCGUAUUUUCAAAUAUCAAAUAAAAUAGAACGUUUCCUUAACAAACAGGAACAUAUUCACCAUGAGAAAACAACACUAUUUAAUUUGUAUCAGCAUUUACAUAAUUACAUAAAGAACUUGAUAAAAGAAUCACAGACCACCGAAAAAUAUGUUAAGAAAAAUUCACAAAAUAAAUCACAAAGCAAGUCGGUAUUAGAAAAAAACAUGAUACAAACACCGGUAAAUAAAUCAACGAAAACUCAGUCUAAUCGAGAUAAUAAGAAUAGUCCAGUACAUAAUAGUAAUUUAGAAAAGCAAUCUUUAAAGCAGAAUAUUGAUUCAGAUAUUUCCAAGAAUUCAAAACUUACGGCGCCAAAGAAUAAUUUAAAGGUACAAAAUAAAGAAUCACUUCUUACGCCCGAUUUCGCAAUAAUUGAGAAAUCACUUCCAAAAGACAUACGAUUACAAGAGCCCAAUAAUAAUGUACUAAAGGAGAAGUUAAAGGAAAAAUUACAAAAAAGUUUAUUGGUUGAAAAACAGCCUAAAACUAUAGAAACAUUGUCGCCAAGCUAUUUGAAGAUAUCAGAAAAGAAUGUAUUCAUAGAAGCCGAGUACUCAAAAACAGAAGCGCAAGACAACGCAAGAAUUAACGAGUCUCCGAAAGCGGUGAGUUCAUAUAAUAACCAACGAUUCUCAAAUUUACUCUCCCUUCUUACACAAAAUUCAUUAAAUUUACAGAAUGCAUUAACUGGAAAAACGAAAGAUCAAGCAGAAAUUGCGAAGAAUAAUGCAAACGAGAGAUCUAAUAAUAUGAAAACAGAAAACGGACCCAAAACUUCUAAUGUUGCAAUAUCAGAUAAUAAUGCAGAAAACAAUGCACCAUUACGAUUCUCAUGUAAUACAAAAGAUCAAAAUAAUGAAGCAUAUAAUAGCGAUAAUAAAAUAUCUAAUAAAAAUUUACAAAAUGAAAUGCGUGAUAAUGUCAAAGAAAGUGUUGGAAUAUUAAGUUCCACAGAGAUACAGUCUGAUCCAUUAACCUUAUCGCAUGGUCCAGAGCCGUCUUCAUUAAACAGCAUGUUAGAAUCAGCAUCUUCAAGAAAAAAAUAUAAAUAUACAGAAAUAACUCAAGCUACACGCGAGAACCAUGCCAAAACAAUAUCGAAGUUCUUUUUAACACAGCAAGAAGAUCCUAUAAACGAAUGGAGUGAUAAUUCUAGCGAUGGAACGUCUGAAAGCUCCUUGAAAUUGUAUAUCGACGAAAGUCCAGAAAAAUCACAAAAGCAGGAACAGUGCGAUGAAGUCUCGUCUUCUGAAGAAGAUAACUUAAAUGCGUCACAAGCUUCAGUAUCGCGAUUAUUUAAUGCGAUCAAAUAUAAAUCAACAAAAAUAACACAAAUACAUAUCGCACAUGAGGAGCACGUUGAAACAAUGUCAGAACUUUGCUUAAAUGCACAGCAAGAAGAUCCUACGAAUAAAUGGAAUUCUUCCGAUGGAACGUCUAAAAACUCCAGGAAAUAUAUCGACAAAAAUCCGGAGAAACCGCAAAAGCACGAAUGCGACAAGGUCUCGUCUUCUAAAGAAGAUAAUAAUUUAAAUACAUCGCAAGUUUCACCACCGCGAUUAUUCAAUGUGAUUACAAAAUACGAAUCUACGAAAAAAACGGAAGUACAUGUCACACACGAGGAGCAUGCCGAAACAACAUCAGAAUUUUGUUUAAAUGUACAACAAGAUUUUUCAAAUAAUCGAGAUAACGAUUCUAUCUAUGAAACGUCUGAAAGUCCUAAGAAAGUAUAUGUUGAUGAAAGUAUAAAAAAUACAGAAGUAAUAUUAUCUUUUUCGAAAAAUAUUUCUGAAGCAAAUUUAGCUGAUGUAAGUCAAGAAUUUUCAACUGAAGCACAAGAUGCUGAAAAUGCAGAAGAAGAAAAUAAUAAGCAAUCGCUAUUAAAUAUGGAAAAAAUUUACCUUCCAGAAAUGUUAUUAAAAUUUGAAGUUCCGGAAGAGGCAUCGAGUAUGGAAGAGAACACAAUGCAAUCAAUGUAUCUUCCCGAAAAUAGUGAUGAUAUAAGAGAGCUUUUUGAGGACAUAGAAGAGGAAAAACUGAUAAUAGACACUCACAAUAAUAUUAAUGCGAGCAAUGAACACGGGAAAAAAGAAGAGAUAAUAAUAGACACUCACAGUGACAUUAACAUGACUAAUGAAUAUAUGGAUGAGAUCAAAAUGAUGACAGAUACUCACAAUGGUAUUAACAUGACUAAUGAACAUUUCCAACAUGUAUCUGAGCAGAAAUAUCAUAGAAAAUUUCAAAGGUCUGCAUGUAAUUCCGUUCAAGAAGAUAAUCCCGAUUUAAAUAAAAAUAAAGAAAUUUUCGCUGAAAAUAAUGUGCUUAAUACUAAUAUUGUCGAGUGUAUUUCCAUAGAAAACUAUGAUAACUCCGAAGUCGUGGAAAUCAUGCCAAGUAUCUUGAAUGUUAGAAGCAUAUCACCAUCAUUAUUCGAAAAGUUAGAUAAUAUGAAUUUAUUUUCUCAAAACGACUUGAAAAUGUUAAAUAAAAACGAUAGAAAAUUGAUGAAUAUAAAUAACGAUCUAGAAAUUUCAGAUGUGAUUGACAAGCCAUGUUUACGUUGUAAACGUAAGAGUACGGUAUGUUGCCAGGCUUGCUUGGAAGCUCAUUAUUGCUCGAAACGUUGCUCAUCUUUGCAUUGGAAUGCAGAACAUUACAAAAAAUGCAAAGGUUCGAUUACCUGUAUCGAUCUAGUUUAAAAAUACAUAUUAUCUAACAAACUAUGCGAAAAUAUUUACGUAUAUUAUAUAUUAUCUGUGUCUUUGCUGGGUAGCAUCUUAAAAUUCUUAUCAGCGUCUUACCAGUAUUUUAAACUUCUCAGAACUAAAGCAUUUUUUAAUUAAUCAGUAUUAUAUUGUUGAUAAUCAGAUUUAAUACAUAUAAACAGUUGAUUCUAUAUCAGAAUUUUGCUAUAAGUAUACAUAGGAUGAUUUGUGCUACUGCUUUUAUUUCUUAAUCUGUUAAUAAUACAGAGGAAAAAGCACAAAAAUGAUAAGUAUACUGAUAUUUAAACUUCUUAAAGCGUCAUUUUCUUUUACAACUAUAAAAACAUUUGUUAUACAUAAUUACAAGUGUGCAAUAUAAUAUCUGUAACGUGCAAUCGUUCAACUUUAUAUCAAUUUAAAUCAAACUUAUAUAAAUA